AUGAAAUUUAACGAUUCAUUCGGAGAAAAUUCAUUCGAUUUGGCAGGAAUUUCCAUAUUUAUCGAAAUCAUAAACAUUGUCAUUUAUUUAUUCAAUUUCUUGUUUGUUGGUGCUCUGCUCUAUCUGUUAUGGUGUUUUACGAUCUAUAUGGCCGAAUUAAUCUAUGAAAAGGAAUAUUUUUUCUCAAAGAAACGAAUUUAUUACACUAAUCUUGCCGAUUAAAAUUGAAAAAAUAAAUUGAAAUUUUUUUAUCAACCGAUUAUUUAUAGCGCGUUUUUAACUUUGAUUCUGAAGCCAGUUUGGGUGAAAAUAGUGAGCAGUUCGUGAUUCGAUUGAUUGAUUCGAUUUGAAUUUUAUUCUAAUUUGUUUCAACGCCUACAAUUAUAAUGGAUAGUGAAUUUGAAUUCCUGAUUAAUUCGUUGAAUAUUUCAUCAAAAUAUCCACCGAACAACCUACACAUAGAUUUAAAAUCUGAUUUAUGGCUAAGAUGUCAACAAAUCAUAGCGAAUCUGAAAAAAGAUUCCGAAGCAUUCGAAAUACUACAAGAAUAUUAUAUUUAUAAUUAUCGUUGCUAUCUGACCUAUAUGCUCAAAGAAUAUUGGUCAGAUUUCCUACAGAAUUCAUCGAAAUACAAAGAAAUUGUUCCAUCACAACAUCGAUUAAUUUUUCAUAAAUUCAAUCAACUUAAUGAUUUCAUUUCAAAUUGGCUUUACCAACCAUUGCUCGAUUUAUUAUUCGAUUCCAAUGGUGAACAGACUCGAAAACUUAAUGAAAUUCUAUACACCGGAUUGAUUGCCGAUAUGCCAUUAUUGUUUUCCAGUUUUUUAUUCAAUACAUUUGCAUUUUCAUUCGCAGUUCUAGAUUAUACCGUCGCGAACAAAAAGAAGGAAACGAUUGGCCAUGAACAAUCGAAAUGUAAAAUUUGUCGAUUCAAACGUUCCGAUAAUAAUGAUAAUGAAAAGGCUUGUUAUUGUGAAAGUAUGAGCAAAGGUUUCAUUCCAUUCCUGAAUGUACUACGUAAAUUGGGCAUAUUUCAUCAGCUUUGUGAUGAUAUCAUCAAAAGUGUUUUAUUCAAAAUGAUCGAACGACAGAUUUGGAAUCUUUGUAAAGAUAAAAAUUUCGAACUAAGUUGUUUAAGUAUAACAUGUUCAUGGCUUGAGAACAGUAUAAUUGAUUGGAUGAAGAUUAUCUACAUCAUCAAAUCAACGGAUGAAAAUGUUCCCGAUAUGUUUGUUGCACUCGAACAAUAUAAUACAGCGAUAGCAGCGGUAGAAGAUGAACCGAUGAAUAAAUAUAAUAAUACUGGCAGUGGAAAUGAAUUGAAUACUCUUUUUCUCAAAAAUAGUAGCCUAACCUUAUUCGAUCAAAUUGAAAGUUUAAAUCUAAACAUUAUUCGCAGUUUUCUCACGAAUACCUAUAUUUUUAAUCGAAUGAAACAAUUAUUCGACAUAAUCAUCGAUUAUCCAUAUUCUGAACCAGCUAUCUAUGAUCUACAUGAGUGUAUACAAUUGGAACCAUUUUAUCGUGAAAUAUUUACACAUUCAUUGAAGAAUGCAUUGGAAAUACGUUUAUUACAUGCCGGUGUUGCUACCAGUAGUAUAAUUGAAGCAUAUCUAACCACAAUCAAAGCAUUACGUUUAUUAGAUCCACAAGGUAUCAUCCUGCAGAUUGUUUGCGAUCCAAUUCGUAAUUAUUUGAAAACACGUGAAGAUACUGUUCGUUGCAUAAUAAACAUUCUUACUACUGAUAGUAUUGUUAAUUUCGAUGAUCCUGAUCAUUUUAAUAAGCUAAUUAAUGAUGAAGAUGAAUAUGUAAUGGAUACAUGGCGUUCAUGGGUACCACAAACAAUUGGUGUUUCAAAAAUGAGUAAAGAUUUAGCCAAUUCAGAUAUAAUAUCAAUGUUGAUCAAUAUUUUCGAUAGUAAAGAUUUAUUCGUACAAGAAUAUCAACGUUUAUUGGCACAAAAAUUGAUUCUUACACCGGAAAUUAAUCUUGAAUCAGAAUUACGAAAUUUAGAAUUAUUAUCAUUAAGAUUUGGUGAAUCUGAACUUCAUAAUUGUGAAGUAAUGCUUAAAGAUCUUAAAGAUUCUGAACGUAUUAAUCAACAAAUUAAUGGAUUCGAUGAAAUGAAAACGGCUAAUCUGAAAAUGAAUGGCCUAAUAUUAUCUGAACAAUUUUGGCCUGAUAAUCUUGGAUUUACUAGUAAUGAAUUUAAAAAUUUUCGUCUACCCAAUGAAGUACAGCAAGUGUUUGAUAAUUAUAAAAAAUUUUUUGAAACAUUAAAAGGAAAUCGUACGGUUAAUUGGAUACAACAGCUAGGAAUGGUAAAAUUAGAAUUAGAAUUCCCGAACGGUAGUCAAGAAUAUUCGGUUCGUCCAAUUCAAGCGGCAAUUAUUCAUCUAUUUCAACGAAAAAAUCAAUGGUCCACGACUGCAAUCGCACAGGAAUUGGAUGUUUUACCAUCAGUCAUACGGCGAAAUUUAUCGUAUUGGAAAAAUAUUGGUAUCGUAAAAGAAUGUGAUGGAGAAGAUGAUUCGCAUAUGAUAGUGGAAGAUUUACCACCACCAUCAUCAUCAAUGAUGAAACAACAACAACAACAAUGUUCAGGUUUAAAUUCACAAGAAUUCGAUAUGAUGUUCAUCGAUCAUGAUGAUGAUGAUAAUGAUGAUGGUACAAUGAAUAAUCAGCAAAAAAAUGAAAAUAAUCUGCAUUUAUUCUGGAAUUUUAUUGAUAAUAUGCUGAAAAAUUUACAUGCACUUUCAUUAGAUCGUAUAUAUUCAAUGUUGAAAAUGUUUAACAUGCAAUCACCGGAAAUUGAAAAUCUAUCCAUGCAUGAAUUACGUGAAUUUCUUGAUCGAAAAGUUUAUGAAAAAAAAUUAAUCUUUAUCAAUGGCCUAUAUGAUUUGAAUAAAUCGGAUGGUGAAUGAAAACAAAAAAAAAAAAAAUGAUUCAUGUGCAGAUGUGAUUUUUUUUUUGAUUUUGAUUUCUAUUGUUUUGUUGCUUUAUUCACACAAAUCAUAAUAAUCAAAAUUUAUUUGCUGCCAAACAUCAAAUUCAUUUUGUUCAUUUAUUUCAAAUGUUUGCUGUAAUGAUUUAUUCGUAUCGUUUCCGUGUGAUAUUUCGGCAAAAUAUGAUUCUUGUUGUGUGAAUAAAAUUUCAUUUCUUGAAUUUAA